GCUAAAGUUUAUAAUGGCCAGUUUGUGUAUAAGGCAAUGUUUAUCGGUAAAACUUAACAUUUAGAUGUUUGUGGAAAGGUUAAUACCUAAUGGAGGUGUUACAAAAAAGAUUUGGAGAAGGAGUAUUGUCACUGUUUGGACAAGAAGAAGGCUUGUUGAUCCAUCAAGUCUGUUCCAUCUACUAAGUGAAACUAAAUUCAAAAGAAAGCCUGUCCUCAUGUGACAACCUUUCAUCCCAGGUAUCAUCCUAGUAGUCCUCCUUUGAAUCCUUUCCUACAAUUCAGUGUCCUUCUUAAGCUGAUGCUGUCCCACAAAAUGGAACAGACAGCAUGUGAAAAAGACACUGACCGAAUACAGCAUAAACAAAAUGUUUUAAAAGUUACUGAAAACCCAAUGGACAGUGGAGAUAAUCAAAGCAUUGUGUUGCAAAGGCCACCUGCACAACAUUACUCGGAUGAACAAAGGCCAGUUUCGGGUUAUCAAUCCAUGAAGCAAAAGGCUCUAGCACGAUCCAGGUCUUUAAGAAAGUAUGUUCAAAAGGAAACAAUUUCAUUUUUUGGUCUUAAUGACCAUGAUGAUAAUGAAGAGAAGAGAUGGACUAAUAGACGCAAUAGGAUGCUUAGCCGGAGAUGUGGAGGCCUAAAGGACUACUAUGAAACAAGAAGAGAGCAGCUAGUAUCUGAGUCCGUCCCAACCUCUUCUCAUUUAGCUUCUCAACAAGGAGGUGAUGUAGUUGACCAUGCAGAAAACAUAAGCACAGAUUUACCUCAUGUGGAAGAUGAAUACACAGUUCGCAAAGAUUCUGUUUAUAAAAUGACUUUGAAUGGCUUGAGAUAUCUGUCUCAUAAUAUAAGAAAAAAAUUAUCAAGUUCCCACUCUCAGAAUUCUAGGCCAGUGCAGCGAAAAGUGUCUUAUACCACUGUUGGGGAUGACAGUGUGUUUUUCAGAGAUGAACCUGAGAUUUCAAGAUCAAGGAUAGUCUCUCAAAGUGUGGGUUCUGUUGAGGAAAAUUUCUUUGAGAAAUUUGUACCAACUCCAGAGGUAAUUACUGAUUUAGAGCCUCCUUCUAUCAGAGAAUCUGUAAAACCUCUAGAAACAGGAGAGGACCAAAUUGAUAGACCAAGUGACCUGUCUCAGGGGUGGUACAGUUCAUCAGUUGGAACGGAACUUUUCUCGCCAGGGCCUAUGCAACAGCUAUGGAAAAAGAUUGUGAGUAAGUCACGUGAUAAUUCAGAUAGAAGACAGUAUGGAAUGGGAGUAGUUGGAAAAUUUUUCAAAAGAAACUUUCAAAUGGAUCAUAAUAUUUCAGGUGGUAAAGGGCAAGGUGAAAAUAUAGAGGACAGUAGGCCUUAUUUUACUUAUUGGAUUACAACUGUGCAAAUUCUAAUAAGCAUAAUCUCCUUAGCUGUUUAUGGUUUUGGACCAGUAGGUUUUCAUAAAACACAGCGAUCUAGUCAGGUUUUAGUCACAAGACUUUCCUUAGAACAAGUGGACUAUUUUGAACCAGAUAAUUUCUGGAUUGGACCAAGAGCUGCAGACCUCGUUCAUUUGGGUGCUAAGUUUACUCCCUGUAUGCGGAAGGAUAAAAAUAUUUUUGAUGCCAUAAAAAAAGAUCAAGAUAUUGAAAGAGAGACAGCUUGUUGUGUACGUAAUGACCAGUCAGGAUGUGUACAGACAACACGCAGCAAGUGUUCUAAAAUCAUUUCUUCAUGGAAAAAGUGGAGCAAGACUAAUCCAGGGCCCCCUGCACAUAUACAGGAUCCUGAACAAGCAUCAUCUGUUGGUGAAUGGACAUUCAGAAGAUUUUCAGGGUCUGUUUGUGGUCAGGAUCCUCGAUACUGUGAGGAACCAGCUUCUGCCCAUCCUUUUGAAUGGCCUGAUGACAUCUCAAAGUGGCCAAUCUGUAAACAGCCAGUCCACGGAAAGAACCAAGCUGAUGACCACAUGGCUUGUGAAGUGAUUGGUCGGCCUUGCUGUGUGGGGAUCUAUGGGGAAUGCCGCAUCACGACAAAGGAGUAUUGUGACUUUGUAAGAGGAUUUUUUCAUGAAGAGGCAGCCUUGUGCUCUCAGGUAUCCUGUCUAGAUGAUGUUUGUGGAAUGAUUCCAUUUUAUAACUCAGAAGUACCUGAUCAGUUUUACCGCCUUUGGACGUCUCUCUUUCUUCACGCAGGGAUUGUACAUCUUUUCAUUACUAUUAUCAUCCAGUUCUACUUCAUGCGAGACCUAGAGAAACUAACUGGUCCUUUUAGGAUAGGAAUUGUCUAUAUCAUUUCAGGGAUUGCAGGAAACCUAGCAAGUGCAAUUUUUGUUCCUUACAGGGCUGAGGUUGGUCCAGCUGGAUCCCAGUUUGGCUUGUUAGCCUGCAUCAUUGCAGAGGUCAUCCACUGUUGGUCAGAAUUGAAACAGCCAGGAUUAGCUCUACUUCGUCUUCUUGGUGUUGCCCUUGUUUUAUUCAUAUUAGGCGUAUUACCGUGGGUGGAUAACUAUUCGCACCUGUUUGGUUUUAUAUUUGGAUUCCUUCUUUCAUAUGCACUGUUACCAUUUCUCUCUUUUGGCAAAUAUGAUCGUACAAGAAAAAUCAUUAUCAUAGUACUUUGUCUGCUGGCAGUAAUAAUCCUCUUUCUUGGAUUGGUGGUCUUGUUUUACUUUCGUCCAAUUAAUGAAUGUUCAUUCUGCAAGUAUUUCAACUGCAUUCCAUUCACACAUGAUUUUUGUGAAACUCAAGACAUCAGCGUUUUAAGAAAAGAAGAGUUCUGACAACAGAGGAGAAUGAUAUUAAAAUCCAUUAAGUGCCAACUAUCAGACUCGACUUUUAGCACUAUGUUUGAACUGAUUUUUAUAAGAGAGCUUUGGUUUGUAUAUUUUAAUAAAUU